AUGAAAACGAACGGCCUGAGUCCUUUACCGAGCGAAAUAAAGAAGACCGAAUUUUGCCGACAUUGCAACUUGCGUGGUCACAAUGAAAAAGAGUGCAGAAAAUAUGGAGAGAACACAAGGAAUGGAACGUCUGUCCCGGGCAAGGCUUUCGAAUCUUGGAAAACUGAUCGCCGCUAUGAACGAGGUCGUCGAACUGAUCAGUAUCAUCCUUAUUGGGACGGUAACCGCAACGCUGCAGUGCAACAACCAGAAUACACUCCAGAUGAACUAGCAUCUAAGAUAGCCAAACAGCGAGAGGAGCUGCUCUUACGAGAGGUGGCCUUACGAAAUACAGCGAUCGGAGAAGCACCUUUGCCCAGUCGUGCCACCUAUUCGAAAUCGAAUGCAUCACAUCGAGUGCGUAGCCCAUCGGUGAUCGAGAUACGGGACACACCUGAUCGUGAAGAGGAGGAGCUUCGUGCAAGACUGGCCGCAGAAACUCUCAGAAUGGAGGAGGAACUGCGUUUGAAGGAGAAGGAAAAGGAGCUGGAGCGCCGUUUACAGCAAGAGUUCGAAGAGAAGAAGCGAGCUAUGGAAGAGGAAAUACGCAAACAAGUGCAACUCGAGGAACGCGCCAAGUUACAGAUGGAACUGGCGCAGCAACGAACGUUUCCGCCUCCCAUGCAGCAGUAUCCUCCACUAGUACCCCCACAGUAUCCCAGCUCUACUAUGCCGCCUACAAAUUUUUCCAGCUAUGGAGAUGGCGGCUAUGACAGAGAGAAUUACGCAAAUUAUGACCGAGAGACGGGCGGAGGCGACUAUGCCAGAGAUCCAGGAACGAGCUCCUACUCAUCCGUACCCGAUUUUGAACUCGAGGAAAUCAAACGUCUGAUAAAGGAAACUGAGGAUAAGCUUCUUGAUCUCCAGCGAAAUGCUCGUGAAGCAGAAUUAUCAGUCAUUUUCCAGUCGCGCGCAUUCCAGACGGUAUCCGAACUUGGCGACAGUGCUUAUAUGCUCGAUCGUAGCCAAAAGCAGCAUCUUUUGCGCGAAUUGAAGGAACUUCUCAGUCAUGCUGGACCAAAAGAAAAGGAGAUCCAAAGCAGGGAAAGAAGUAGAGGGCACAGCCGCAGUGCAGAAAAAUCGAGAAGGAGGAGCUCCUACCGUCAUCAUGACCGUAGCCCAGCUCGUAGGUCAUCCCGCUCUCCCAGGCGUCGUAGCAGUUAUAGACAUUCAAAGAAAGAAGACGAAUACAAGGAAGUGCGACAUCAAGUUGGUGGAAUCACGCUGCGAAAUCUCAACCCAGUCGAACGACGCCAUCUCAAGAUUGGCGAUAUCGUUGUUGCCCAAGAUAGCGGUACUGCUAAGUGGACAACUGCUCACAUAGCGAAGAUCUCUGGUGACACAGCAACACUUUCUAUUGGCAAUGCGACAUGGAAGAAGCCGAUCAGAGACCUGUUCAAAGAAGUCAAUGAGUGGUCUCUUUGA